AUGGCUGAUAAAAAAUUCACAUUGUCUUUUGAGAGUUGGGUGGACAAACUGAAUGGAAAAUGGACUCCUCUGGUUUUCCUUACGUUGGGCAUAUUGGCUUUUUUGUACCCCGUGUGUUUUAAUCCAAUUGAAUGUGCGUUUCCAGCCGAGUUCACACAAGCCAUGGUUGAUUAUGGAAAAGCUCGGUGUUAUAAAGCUAGAGCAGUAAGGAAUGUGCCGGGGAAAACCAGCGAUGACAAUGCCUAUCAUUGGGUUUCUGUCAAUGAUGAUGAUCCUUCCGGUGAGACAACUGUGUACCAAUAUGUGUCUCUAUUUCUGAUUGGACAGGCUAUUAUUCUUCGAAUUCCGUUUAUGUUGUGGAAUCUGACAAAAAAGAAGUUGGGGAUCCAUUUUAUUGUUCAGACAGGAAGUGGAGAAAAAGACGGCAAAUUUGAGGGCAAGAGACUCGCCAUCUACAUCUACCAAUGGAUACAAAACCGGAAAAUUAACAUUUUAUCUCUCGGGGCAUUUACGAUAUUGCAAUGUUUUAUUAAAUUAACGUAUUUUAUGAGUAUUUCCAUCCAUUUGGGAUUUUUGGAUUCUGUCCUAAAACAGAACAACGAAAUCGGCUUUGGUUCCUUUAUAAUAGGAAAGUUGAAGGGAAACAAUUUGACUGUUCGCAAACCCUCUCCAUUUUUUCCUCAACACAUAAUGUGCAAUUACACUUAUCAUGUUUACCAGCAUACUAGAAAAUAUAGUGUUCAAUGUACCUUGACCCUGACUACGUUUUUGGAGCAGAUGGUGGCGGUGGCUUGGUUGUGGCUAAUUUUUUGUCUCUCCGCCACUAUAGCUGAUGGUAUAUUUCACGUGUUUGGUGCUGUCCUGCCUUUUUUCAGAGUCUGGUUUGUGAAAUCAAAUCUGAUAAAAUCAGAGCUGGGAAAUUCAGAACAAGCCUUGUCAGACCGAAAUAUUGAACGAUUUUCUUCAACCUUUGGAGAAGAUGUAAUUUCCUUUUUAAAGCUGGUUCAAGAUAAUGAAAGCGGAAGUGUUGUCAUGGAAACUGUGACUGAGUUAUGGAGGAUGUAUCAUGGCGACAUACAACACUCUCCUGCAAUUUCAUCAAAUCCUGUACAUUUGAGAGCUGCUUUGUUGAACCCUCAUUCACAGCAGUCACAUAACCAGCUAGAAAGUUUCCAAAAAGGAUCAGAAUCGAAUGAAGGUCAGGGUUAUCAACCGACAGCGCCGUUGUUACAUCCGGUCUAUCCAACUAGUGCAUUAUGA